AUGCGAGGCCACAAUGUGUUGGUCAAGAAACAGCCUAAUCGCCGGUCUGAACAGUAUAUAUAUGGCAACUAUCGCAAUUAUUACGAAUCGCGACGCGGGAAUCAGAUCACGGUCGAUCACCGACUCGAUAUGCUUGAUCCGUCUCUCUUCAAAGGCAAACGCGUGCUUGAUAUCGGCUGUAACAGUGGCAAUAUCACUACCGUGAUCGGUUUACAGCACAAGCCAACACAUAUACUCGGUGUCGAUAUAGACGAGUCAUUGAUUAAACAAGCAGAAAAACAAUUACGGCUGGUCAACUCGUUACAUAAUCCACACGGUGAUAAUGCGACUGAUGUCCAUAUGCGAUUUCACUACUUUCCGCGUGCCUUGUCGAGCACUUUUGGGUUUAUCGCCAUGAACAUGCCACCCAACCACAAAAGCACAGAAUUCCCAUACAAUGUCAAGUUCAAAGCAAAGGAUUGGUUGGAUGAUGAUGAUGAUGACGGCAGUGCAGAACAAGACGGGAAAAAGAGAAAAGGCAAUAAGCAAAAAAAAAUCCGAUACGACACUGUCUUGGCACUGAGCAUUACAAAAUGGAUACAUAUCAACCGUGGAGAUGAAGGCAUGAAGGAAUUCUUCAACAAAGUGUACAAGGUGCUUAACCCUGGAGGUGCAUUUGUCGUCGAACCACAGGAGUUUGAUACCUAUGAACGACGUGCGAAACUGAACGAAACGACACAAGCCGUAUUCAAGAGCAUCGAGUUCCGACCUGAACAAUUCCACGAUUAUUUGAUGAAGGAGGUCGGGUUCUCAAAGUUUGAGGACCUUGGAUCAUCCGGAGAAAAGCGAAAAGGUAAAGCCGUAAGGAUUGGACUUGUCCUUGUAUGUAUGUACUGACUUGUGGAAAAAUCAACCAGGAUUCGAUCGCCCCAUGCACAUGUAUAUCAAGUAAAGCGCGCAUCAUAAUUACAGUAAUAAAAGGAUGUAUGCAAAAUCAUAGAAACAUUGUUUAAUGAGAAAGGCAAUGAGAAUAGAAACAGGGAACAGAAGGAAGAGAUAGAAAG